GACCCUGAGGAAAUACUGCCAUAACCCAUUUGCUGUCAGAACAAGUACAAGGUUCUGCCUGAGAUCAGCAACCCAUCCCACCAUGUCAAAAUCCAUCAGAAUAAAGUUCCUUUGCCUCCUCUUGAUCACCAUAUGCGUAAUCACGGUCUUUGUUAGCAACAGAUCACGCAGCUUCAAGCCGAGACCAGUUGUUCCAGAGGUUUGUCCACGAUCAGUCUCCAAACAGAGCAUAACUCCCCUGAAAAACACCAAGCACUUAUUGGUCUCGGCCUACAUGGAUCAGAGAGCGCAGGGCUUUGACAUUCGCCUCAUCGGGAUAUUUCGGAGAGACUCCAUCCAGGAACUCCACUGCUUUUUCUGCUGUGCCGGCUACACGAGUGAAACCACUCCGACAAAAGUUUUACAACACUCUGACAACUUCGGGUUUCCAUUCGUCACCACAGACAUCAUGUGCCGGAUUCCUAAAAACUGCAAUGCCACACAUGUCACUCUUUUGACGAAGCCCAAGCCUGAGAAUAGAGCUGACUGGCUUCCCAUAAGGAACAAGAAAACUAACGGAGGAGCAGAGGAAAGGAUGGAUUUCACUGUGUGCGUCUCCAAUCUGUUUGGGGACUACAACAAUGUGCUGCAGUUUGCACAGACACUAGAGAUGUACAGGUUGCUCGGCGUGAACAGAGUAGUGAUCUACAACACCAGCUGUGGCCCGGACCUUGACCGUCUUCUGCAGAGUUACAGCCAGGAGGGCUUUGUGGAAAUAGUUUCCUGGCCGAUCRACCAAUACAUGAAUCCAUCGCGAGGCUGGCUCUUUUCGGAACAUGGUGGUGAUAUUCACUACUUUGGCCAGCUCACCACACUCAACGACUGCAUCUACAGAUCCAUGGAGCGUUCCCGCUACGUCCUGCUAAACGRUAUAGAUGAGAUCAUCAUGCCGUAUCAGCAUGACAACCUGAAGUCUCUGAUGGACGAGCUGCAGAAGCAGCAUCCAAAAGUGGGAGUGUUCCUCAUUGAGAACCACAUCUUUCCCAAGCAUCACUUURAACCAAGUGGCAGGUUUCACCUUCCUAAGUGGAGCAGCGUGCCUGGAAUUAAUAUUCUGGAACAUGUUUACAGAGAAGACCCUGACCAAAAGAUUUUCCAUCCAUACAAGAUGAUCGUUCAGCCAAGGAUGGUUGAGCAGACAUCAGUGCAUGGAGUGCUCCAAAUUUUUGGGCAGAAGUACAAAGUCCCGCUGGACGUUUGCCGGAUCAUUCACGUCCGUGUCGCCCUACGGAAAUCACUAAAACUGGAGGAGCUCCAUGUGGAC